GAGCUGCUAACGGUUACUGUUCUGUUACCAUGGAUACAAUCAACUGGAUACGGAAUAGUGGAGAAAGUGUCUCAUUUUGUUUAACGUUACUCUGAGAGAACAGAUUACAUACAGUGAAAUUACUCACGACGGACAUCAGCGGAAACUUCAUUUGAAAGAGAUAGCAUACAGAAGCAGCAGCUAUGUCUCACGGAUGGGGAUACGGACCGACAAACGGACCUGACAAAUGGGGAGAUGAGUAUCCUGUAGCCAACGGGCCCCGGCAGUCUCCUAUCAAUAUUGUCCCAAAUGAGAUCCAAUAUGACUCCUCUCUGAAGGCUCUCAAGCUGAUAUAUGACCCCUCCAACUCUAAGGGCAUUCUCAACAACGGACACUCCUUCCAGGUGGACUUUGUGGAUGACACAGAUAGUUCCACCCUGACCGGAGGUCCUAUUUCUGGAACAUACCGUUUGAGGCAGUUCCAUUUCCACUGGGGAGCCAGUGACGACCGAGGCUCUGAGCACACUGUCAAUGGCAUCAAGUUCCCCUGUGAGCUUCACCUGGUGCACUGGAACACUAAGUACCCGAGCUUUGAAGAGGCGGCCAGUCAGCCUGAUGGACUCGCUGUGGUUGGAGUCUUUCUCAAGAUUGGUGCUGCCAACCCCAGGAUUCAGAAAGUUUUGGAUUCCUUGGAUGCCAUCAAGACUAAGGGAAAACAGUCGACCUUUGAUAACUUUGACCCAAAGACUCUCCUUCCUGCUUCUCUGGAUUAUUGGACCUAUGAUGGCUCUCUGACCACACCUCCCCUGUUGGAGAGUGUCACCUGGAUCGUCCUUAAGGAGCCAAUCAGUGUCAGCCCCGCACAGAUGGCCAUGUUCCGCAGCCUCCUGUUCACUGGAGAGGGAGAAUCUCCGUGCUGCAUGGUGGACAACUACCGGCCUCCUCAGCCUCUGAAGGGCCGCCAGGUCCGCGCCUCCUUCAGAUAAACCCCCCUUCAUUUUCAUAGCUUUCUCUCCCCUUUGCUUAUUCUUCUCUGCUUUCCCACUUCUCUACUAACCCCCAUUGUUCUCCAAAUGCAGUUCUUAUUCAGCAUUUAUUAGCCCUGUUGACAUUAACUUGAAAAGUUGGAUAAAAGCCCAUCAGCUUACACGUUUUACCACAUAGACUAACUGGAUGUAUCUUGAAUAAAAUAACUUUUUACGCUUUGA